GGUGUGCGCGUGUGCGCUGCCUAUCAUUCGAAUCCUUCAUUGCCUUGCGGCUUCUCUCUCUCUCUCUCUCUCUCUCUCUCUCUCUCUCUCUCUCUCUCUCUCUCUCUCUCUCUCUCUCUCUCUCUCUCUCUCUCUCUCUCUCUCUCUCUCUCUCUCUCUCCCCCUAUUCUGUUGUUUUUUACCACCUCCAUGCGGAAGUCUGUAACGCACCAGUACACACAGCUGUUCAGAGGGGGGGACAAUGAAAUAAACAAGCCGUCGUGAUUCGGUGGUCAAUGAGACUCAAAGGGUGGAGCGGACCUGGUGUUGGAGUUGAAACCAUCAUGAUCUUUGCUCUGGGUGCGAUACAGGAAGUGUGUGUGUGAGUGACCCCUGGUUGGCUCUGCUGGGAUGAACAUGCCACUGCACCAAAUCUCUGUCAUCCCCCGUGAUGUCACCUUGUCACGCGUGUCGGGUGGUGGGAAAACGAAAGACAAGGACAAGCAGAAUGAAAAGCCCCUGGGUCAUUCAGCAAGCAGGUCCAGCAAUAUAUCAAAGGCAGGCAGCCCGACUUCAGGCAACGCCCCAUGCAGUUUCUCAAGAACUUCGGUUUCUCCCUCGAGCCAGGACAUCUGCAGGUACACAUCGCUCCAGCAGGAACAGGAUGCUCAGAAGCAGACUGCAGUGGUGCUGCUGCACUCCAGCAGUAGGGCCGGUCAUGGCUCUGAUGGGAUUUCAGUGACCACCCUCUGCGUGGAGCCGCCUCCCGCCUCCAAGUGCACCAAACAGAGAGACUGGCUGUCUCUGCUGCGCCCGGCGUCGGGCGGCAUCCGACCCAACGCCUCGCUCCGGUUCUCUGUUUCUCUAAACGAUGUGGGACAACGAGUGGACAGUCUCUGUCGUGGACUGCACUUCAUAGACCGCACGUGCUCCGAGGGAGAGCUGGGCGUGGAGCCCGAGUCUGCGCAGCAUCCCGGCCCUGAGGAUUGGGCGCAUAUGCUCAACGGGAAGCUGGUCGCCGCUCCUCCAAACGCUCCACACUCAAAACAGGCCCACCCCCACCUCGUCCCCUCCCUCACUAAGGACUACAAAUAUAUGCUGGGCGUCCCUCCGAGCACCUGUCCUUCAUCCGGUCCUCCCAACACUCACCUCCAUCCUCCUCCUCCCGCCACAAGCUCAAACUUCUUCCGUCUCCUCCUUCCCUUCUCCCGCUCCUCCACUUCGGCCAGCCUGCAGUGCUCUGAGCUGGGCAGCUACACCUCCCACCUCCACAUCAAGUCUUCCAGCACUCUGCUGGAGAGCGCCGAGUCCCACUUCCUGUCCCAGGAGCCACUGGGAGAUGACGACGUGUUUGAGGAGGACCAGUCCAGAUCAUCUCAGAAGGGAAAGGACCGGCUGCCGACCCCUGCCGGGCCAGGCGCUCUCCUAGCCCCGCUGUGCUAUAUGGACGAGGACAACGACCUGGACCGCUGCUCGUCCCCAUUGUCUGAGAAGAACGGUCCACUCUCACCCUUUUCUCUGUCGGGGGACUGCUGCAGGAUUUGUCACUGUGAAGGGGAUGAGGAGAGUCCUCUGAUCACGCCGUGCCACUGCACAGGGAGCCUGCGCUUUGUCCACCAGACCUGUCUGCAGCAGUGGAUCAAGAGCUCGGACACCCGCUGCUGUGAGCUCUGUAAAUACGAGUUCAUCAUGGAGACCAAGCUCAAACCGCUGCGCAAGUGGGAGAAACUACAGAUGACGGCGAGUGAGAGAAGAAAGAUCAUGUGUUCGGUCACCUUCCACGUCAUCGCCAUCACCUGCGUAGUGUGGUCGCUCUACGUUCUCAUCGACAGAACGGCUGAAGAAAUCAAACUAGCCGGAAGAAUCCCAGGAAUCCUGGAAUGGCCUUUCUGGACCAAGCUGGUGGUGGUGGCCAUCGGCUUUACAGGCGGACUGGUUUUUAUGUACGUCCAGUGCAAAGUCUACAUCCACCUAUGGAAGAGACUCAAGGCUUACAACCGGGUCAUAUAUGUGCAGAACCGGCCGGAUGAAUGUAAAAAGCUGGCACUGGAGAAGCCACCGCUUAUGGAGCCAAGUCUGGAGUGCAAGGAGGCGCUGGCCCCCACCCAGUCGGACACAAACUCCUCCCAGUACACAGAGACAGAGGACUACAGUAUGGAGGUGCUCCACGUCUGACAGCAAGUCCAUUUUCUUGGUUUUCCAACACAAACAGACCAACAGUGAGGAGUAGCGGUGCUGGGAAUGCUCUGUGAUGCCCUCUCUUCUCCCUCUGAUCCCAGACUGAGCCACUCUCCUCCGACUCCUCUCUACUUGUCACGUUUCCUCCUCCUGCUCUGGAUCAUCUUUUCUUUCCCAGGUCUGGAGCGUACACGUCUGUGUGUCCACCUUCAGAUGAGCAGAACUCGGACAGACUUCACAGGUCUGAUUCCUUCUAUGCUUGUGGGUUUGUUUGAAAAGUUCCCUUUUAUUCUUUACCUCAUGAGUUUUGGGCUAAACUGGAUCAAUGUAGCGCCAUGCGUCGACUCUCUGGAGCAUUCCGGAUACUGCCAUCUCCGCUCCGGUCUGAACCGGACUCUGACUCGGCUUCGGACAUGCAAUCGAGCACUUUUAUUUUUCUGUUUCCACAACAAAACAUCCACUCCCUUCCUCUAGUUUUCCUCCUCUUUUCGUGUUUUUCUUUAUAGAACGACCUGAAUCUUGCACGCUGUUCGUUGAGGAGAGCACAGUCAAACUUUUCCUCAAGUACACAAACGCUCCUGCAGAUUUACCCUUGGAUGGCACACACAACAGAAGCAAACCUGAAGGAAGCAGGUGGAGUUGGACUUGUUGGCCACAUGACGACUCCUGCCCAACACAAGCUUUCUGAAGGCUUUGAGAAUGUAACCUUUUUUUAAAAAAAACGAUCAAAAACACAAAUAAAAGAAUGAAAAAAAUAUUUUUUUUACUAGCAACCAGAAGUUGCGAGACUAAUUCCCAUGUCCUGAGAAGGUAAUGCGAGCCUUUGUCUACAUACAGCGUUAUGCUUUUGUUUCCUGUCUUGUGAACAACACAGUAUUUACAGUGUGAUAUUCCAUGUGCAGUUUUUAGUGUGCUUAGUGAUGGGUAAUUUUGUGCGCCUGGAGAAGUUGACGGCUCCCUGUUUUCAGGCUCUUUGUUGCUUCCACCAGGCAGAUGUGGACUAAUUAAACUUUCACAAGCAGAUUUAUAAUUGUGGCUUUUUAAAUUGGUAUCUGCUGGUCAGAAUAUCUAGAUUUCAUCUUAUUUUUGUCUUAAAUUCAACACCGAUUUCACUUUGGAAUGCAGAGGUAACAGAUUCCCUCUUGUUGCCUUUUUUAUACUUUCCCACACCGUUAACAUCCGUCUUUUAUCACAUUUAUCAUCAGACAGCCAUCUUCUGUCCUGUCUGGCCUCAUGUGGCUCUUUCAAAAUAAAAGAUCUCCACAUUUCUCUAUACAUCCACCACCUGUGAUGGAAACGGGAUUUUUUUUUUAUUAGGAGUGGACUGGAGCUCCACCUGCUGGUGUGGAGCUGAAUUUGAGACCAGGUGUAGUUGAUUUCUGCAGGUGUGGCAUUUCUGGGUUUAAACUCACGAAAGUGCUUUUUGUUUUAGUCCAAACAAAACAAUGCAAGGCCUCGCAGCCAUCCCAGCAUUAGACGUUUUACUUUUUUGGUUAUGUUUUUUUUUUUUUUUUUUUUUUUUUUUUUGCUGUCACAGAUAAUACACGGCCUGUGACCAAUGACAGUCCAACAAUGUACCUAAAAAGUCCCGCACUGCAGAAGCAAUAAAAAAGCAGUGCUUUGUUUUGUUCUUUGUGAAGAUGCAUAUUGUAUUUAUGUAGACGCCCCGUGAUGAUUUGAGAUCUGCAGUCUGGUAUCAUCUUAAUAGACGUCAUGAGCCGAGGGAGUUGUGUGUGUCAGGUUUGAUUAAGACGGAGUAACGAGAAGCUUCUCAGAAAGUUCACCUCCCUCCAGGCUCGGUGCAGUUAGACAGAUAAAAAGUGCAAUUACCCUUUUUUUGUUGUUGUUGUUCUAUUCUAGUUACGAACCGGUGUUUAAUGUCCAGGGUGUCCUGGAUAUUAAAACAAGCUUCUUUAUUUUCGAGUUGUAUUUAUUUUAUCAGAUAAGGGUUUGCUUCGUCCUCUCGUUUGUAAUUUUAUGCAAUUUACACAGUUUCUUUUUGGAUAAAUGAAAUAAUUUUUGGCUAAAGUCAGUUUUCUGGAGAUGGAAAAUAAAAUUAGGAUCAUGUAGGACGACUUUUUUUUGUAACGUUGUUUUAGAUUCAACUCACAGGAGCGGGCUCCUGGAAAGUUUUGAUGAAAAUCGAGACCACCUGGAAAUAAAAGCAUAAAAUACGAUCCUCACCGCUCAGAUUUGUGGUCUCUGCAUAUCUGGGAAACUGAUCUUUAUUAAUUUAGUGUGACUUCCAUCUUUAAUAAUAUGAUUUUUCUUUAUUAUGUUUUUUUUCCCAGCCAGCUGCUGAAUCCGAUCUCGUUUGGGACUUGUGUAACUUGCAUAAAAGCUACAUUUGUUUACUACUGACUGGGCUUGAACAUAUUACGACUGUUGCCCCGUCUUAUAUCAUUCCACAUGUUCGUCUGUGAAGUUACUUUGAGAUGGUGACUGUAAAGAAAAGAAAAGCAACAAAAAAAGUUAUUCUGUUUUUAUGAAAAUUGUCGAUGUGAUUUCAGUUUGUUGCCGAUUGAGCAAAUAAUGUAGAAUUAAAAAGAACCAAAUAAAAAUUGAGUCUUUUUUCCA